CUGCGGCAUGCAGCGGGACGUGGGCAGCCUGCCGCUGGCUCCCGCGCUGCGGGCCCGCCUUGUCGCCGCUGGCUUCCAGACCGCGCAGGAGUUGCUGGAGACCGGCCCCUGCGGACUGAGCAAAGAAAUUGGUAUCUCCAAAGAAGAGGCACUGGAAGCGUUGCAGGUUGUGAGGCAGGAAUGUCAUGGAGAUGCAGCAAGGACUACUGGGGGAUCAGGCACUACCAGAAAGUGCACAGCACUGGAACUUCUGGAAGAAGAGCAGGCUCAGGGCUUCAUCAUCACCUUUUGUUCAGCACUAGACAAUAUUCUGGGAGGUGGUGUCCAGCUAACGAAAAUCACCGAGAUCUGUGGAGCUCCUGGCGUGGGGAAAACACAGCUAUGUAUGCAGUUGGCAGUAGAUGUACAGAUCCCCGAAUGCUUUGGGGGUGUAGCAGGAGAAGCUGUGUUCAUUGACACUGAAGGAAGUUUCAUGGUAGACAGAGUAGUGGAUAUUGCCACUGCCUGUGUGCAGCACUGCCAGCUCAUUGCUGAAGCUCACCAAGAAGAAGAUCAUCUGAAAGCUAUGGAGACUUUCUCUCUUGAAAGUAUCCUUUCUCACAUAUAUUACUUCCGUUGCCACGACUACAUAGAGCUUCUUGCACAGGUCUACCUCCUCCCAGACUUUCUUUCAGAGCAUUCAAAGGUCCGGCUGGUGGUAAUUGAUGGAAUUGCAUUUCCUUUUCGCCAUGACUUUGAGGACCUCUCCCUUCGAACCAGGCUUCUGAACGGCCUGGCACAGCAGCUGAUCAUCAUUGCCAACGAUCAUAAAUCUGCAGUAGUUCUGACAAACCAAAUGACAACAAGGAUUGGACAAAGCCAGUCCACAUUGGUACCUGCUUUAGGAGAAAGCUGGGGACAUGCUGCUACUGUCCGUUUAAUCUUUCACUGGGACAACAGUCAGAGGUUGGCAACAUUGUACAAAUCCCCGAGUCAGAAGGAGUCUACCAUACCCUAUCACAUCACAGUUAGUAUCUCUUUGGGGAUGGAGGUGCAGAGGUGGGACAACAUUUCUUUACAGCUAAGACACAGACAAACCUGAGAAGGAUGUUUGCUUUCUCAGUGUUGCCUUUCAUUGCCUUCUGAAGCCUCAUGGCUUCCGAGACGUGCAGUCUCCAGCUGUCACCCAGAACACACAAGAUACUGAAAUGAAUCCUCGCAAACGGCCACGGAGAGAAGAGGAAGAGUCAGAGUGGUCCAGAAGUUGAAUGUUAAGAAAUCUGUGCUACAGGAAAAGAGUUGCAUAGUGGACAUGCAAUCAAAGGUAGCCUGAGAGACUCUUUAACUUCAGUUCCUGCUCUGGACAUUAUUUUAACAUUAAGACUGCACUGUGCAAAUUUCUGUCACAGGAAAUUCCUUUGUGUAUGGCAUCGGUUUACUUUUAUAAUAAAAACAAAUCUAUGUUUUCUAGAAUAAAAGGCUUCAGCUUUUUGG